AUGACACUCAUACGAGGCCUGAAGCAUGCCCUUUCGUCGGGUUUCAUCUCGCCCUUGCGAAGGGUUCCUGGCCCAUUUCUCGCCAGGGUAACACGCUGGUGGGAAUACCGCAUGGUGUUGGGAGGUGACUCAAACCAGGAAUACAUCCGUCUGCACAAGAAAUAUGGCCCCGUUGUUCGAGUCGGACCCAACCGCUAUAGUUUCAGUCAGCCAGCGGCCGUCAAGACUAUCUACGAGCUGGGGGGCAAGUUUACCAAGGCCGAUUAUUACAAGCCUCUGCUUAGCCCCAAGCGUGACGACCAAAAUAUCUUCGCGAUACAGGACCAUGAACUACACAGGGAGAGACGGAGGAAAGUCUCGCCUCUAUACACCAUGUCAUCCAUGGUCUCUUACGAGAAAGCCGUCGACGAGAUAAAUCAUGUGUGCAUCCGAAAAUUGUGCCAGUUUGCCGAAGAAGGGCGUCUGAUCGACGUUCCUCAGUGGAUCCAAUUAUACGCUUUCGAUGUUAUUGGUGAAAUAACUUUCAACAAGAGUUUUGAUAUGAUGGAGAACGAAGGUGACAGAAUCGGCAUGCUCUCAGGUAUUCGUACGGCGAACGACUUCUUGGGUUUCAUGGGCGUCGUCCCAGAUCUCGUCCCGUGGAUUAUUGGAUUGACUUCUCUGCUCGGCAAGAAAUCAAAUACCGGGGUGUUGAUCAAUUACACAGUUGAUACGAUAUCUAAGAGCCGUGAGGCGAACAAGCAUUCAACAGUCAAGGACACCAAGCAGUACGACACAUUCUUGAAGAAAGUACUUGAUAGGGAAGCCCAAGGAAGCUUCAAGAUGCCUAACAUCAUGGAUGCGUGUUCCAGCAACAUUGGAGCUGGGUCCGACACCACUGCUAUCACAUUGAGCUCGGCGCUAUACUACUUGUACACUAAUCCUGACAAACUGGCGAAGGUGCGCGAGGAGAUCGAUUCGCAGGCUGCUGAGGGCCGAAUCUCUGAUCCAGUUACCUUCCAGGAAGCCCAGGGCCUGACUUAUCUCCAAGCUGUCAUCAAAGAAACCCUACGUAUUCAUCCGGCUGUGGGGACUAUCUUGCCUCGUGUUGUGCCCAAAGGUGGCGUAGAGAUGUCUGGCUACUAUUUCCCCGCUGGAGUAUGGACCACCCUACCCCGCAUCAUGAUUUUCCUACUGACUAAAGGCUUGCAGACUGAAGUUGGAGUGAACUCAUGGGCCUUGCAUUAUGACAAGAAUAUCUAUGGCCCAGACCCGGAAACGUACAGGCCAGAACGCUGGAUUGGGAACGAGAAGACCAGCAUCAUGGAGUCCAUGAUGUUUGCGUUUGGAGCCGGCUCUCGAACCUGCAUCGGCAGAAACAUCAGCCUACUCGAGAUGACGAAAGUUCUGCCUCAGAUUGUCCGUAAAUUCGAUCUCGCACUGGAGCACCCAGACAAACCAAUGGAGACUACGUGUACGUGGUUCGUCUAUACUCACUUCAAGGCUCGGUUCAAGCUACGGGAUUCGAAGCAUGUGUCUGCCUAA